UGAGCUGUUAUUUUUUUUAUUUGAAAAAUCAGCUAAAAUAGCUUUUCAGUAUUUUUCCAUUUGUAUUCACAGUCUUACACAUUAAGAUAAAUUAUGUGCAGUAUUUUAACUAUUCCAUAUGAACUACAAUGUGUUCUGUUUAUUACUUUUACAUUUCAUUUAUUUUGUUUUUAAUUCCUUGUUUGUAUAUUGUAUUACAACUGCAUAAGUUUUAAAUUGAGCGUCAUUUUUAAAACAUGUUAACAGUUUAAACUUUUCUAAUGUAUUAUGUUUAUGAACAAUGUCAUAGGCACCAAUCUUUUAUAAACACAGGGGAGGCAGGAAUAGCUAGACACCAAAUCCUAAGAAACAAAUCUAAAUUAUUGGUUGUAAUGUUUACUAAGUACUGCAGAAUUCCAGAGUUAGCCUGCCCACCUUGCCACCCCAGGUUUGGUGCCUAUGAAUAUCACAUAUUAUGCUAAACGUCCUCCUGCAUUCUAGGUAAAGUUGUUUAACUCAAUUCACACAAUUAUACCUUCUUAUUUUUUAAUGCUACCACCUUGCAUUUUAUCAUUUAAUUUUAUUCAGUAAAAAUUGACUAAUUUUAAUUCUGAACUUUUAUCACUUAUUUUGCCGUACCAGUGUACCUGAUGUUUUGUUUAUGGAUAGUUUCAUGUUAUUAUGACAGAAAAGUUGAUUUCUUUAAUUUUUUAUGUAUUUUAGGUUCUAGGUGUUUAAUUAAAUUGAUAAUCAUGAAUGUGAUCGGGAUAUCUGAUCUCGUUCCAACGCAAACACAAGGAAAAAUAUUAUGUUGCGAGUGUGGAACCGAAAUCGAGCCGAACCCGAGCAAUAUGUGCGUUGAUUGUUUACGAUGCAAAGUAGAUAUUACAGAUGGGAUACCAAAGCAUGGGAACCUACUGCAGUGUAAGAACUGUGUAAGAUACUUAUCGCCACCAGUAGCAUGGAUACCAGCUCAACCAGAGUCUCGUGAAUUGCUCGCUAUUUGUUUAAAACGAAUCAAAUCAGCGUUGCAACGCGUUAGGCUGGUGGAUGCUUCGUUUAUAUGGACGGAACCUCAUUCGAAACGUGUUAAAGUUAAAAUCACAGUUCAAAAAGAGGUUGAAGGCGGGACUUUCCUAGAACAAACAUUUGUGGUUGAAUACGUCAUUCAUAACCAUAUGUGCCCUGAUUGUCAUCGAGUUGAAGCAAAAGAUUAUUGGAAUUCAUCUGUGCAGGUCCGUCAAAAAGCUGGCCAUAAGAAAACUUUCUACUACCUUGAACAAGUGAUCCUUAAACACAAGAUGCAUCAGAAUACAACUAAAAUAUCACAGAAACCAAAUGGUUUGGAUUUUUAUUAUUCAUCAAAACAAGAUGCGCGAAAAUUCACAGAUUUCUUGAUGAGUGUUCUGCCAUGCAAGUACCAAUCCUCACAGAAGUUGGUGUCACAUGACACGCAUAGCAACACGUUUAAUUAUAAAACUUCCUUCUCAGUUGAAUUACCACCUGUAUGCAAGGACGAUAUAGUUUGUUUGCCAAAGAAACUUUCGCAACAACUUGGAAAUCUUGGUCAACUGUUGAUAUGCGUUCGCGUGACUAAUUGUAUUCAUCUCAUAGAUUUCAGUAGUUUACAAAUCGCUGAAGUGAGUGGUAGUUUGUACUGGAGGCACCCCUUCCAAGCGAUAUGCACACCUAAGAGUUUGAUAGAGUUUACAAUAAUGGAGAUCGAGAUCGUGAAGCAACGUCAUUUCAAAUCAGGACAAGGCUUGGUGUCUAAUAAGCAUGUUCUUGCUGAUUGCUGGGUUAUCAAAUCAAGUGAGCUUGGUAUGCACGAUGAAUAUAUCCACGUACGAACACACCUCGGUCAUCUACUUAAACCCGGUGAUGCAGCGCUUGGGCUUGACCUUAAGAACUCGAACGUUAAUAAUGAUGACUUGGAUAAAAUGAAGGGAAUGCCAGAUGUGAUUCUCGUAAGAAAAGUUUUUGCUGACCGUCAGCGUCGUCGACGGCGAAGGAAUUGGAAACUCCAGAGGAUCGGAGAGCGAGGAUCCUCCGUUGACGGGGAGGAGGGAUACACUGAGUUCCUGGAAGAUCUGGAGGAAGACAAGGAGUUUAGGAAGAACAUCGAUAUAUAUAUCGAUGGAGACGUCCCUUCAAGCGCUGAUGAAACUGAGUUUCCAUCAGUAUCGUUGCAGGAGAUGUUGCAAGACCUGUCAAUCAAGGAUGAUGUAGAAAUGGAUGGCGAAUCAUAAAUGGCAUUGUUAUGAAAUAAAAUUCAAUUGAGGGGUUAAAA